AUGUCAGAAUACAACCGCGGACGCACCUCAGGACGGUCGGCGCUGGGGUACUGGGUGCCGCUGGUGAUCACUGUUGGAGUCGCGACAGCCGGACUCGCUGCCUGGGUCUGGAGCGAGCGCCAGAGCGAUGAUGACGAUGAGGGACUGGGCUACCAUGAUGGUAAUGCACCCAUCACCCUGGAGCCGGGUUCUGGGGAUACCCACUCGAGGGGUGUCACCACCGCCACCGACGACGGGAGCAUGAUAUCUCGUUUCCAGGGAGCCUGGCGUCGAACUCCCAGCCCCAAGCAGUUUUUCGAUGGCGCCAGCCAGUCAGUUGUUGCCGGGGUGGCUGCUGCCGGUGCUAUGGUUGGGGGCGCGUUAUCAUCCAUCCGUGAAGAGGGAGGAGGCGAGUAUGACGAUCAUGACCAGCACCAGCACCAGCACCAGCAGCAGGCGAGCGAGGAGUUUGCGACUCAACGCGGACCGGACGUAUCACACCAGGUUCAACCUGUUCCUGGCGCAUUGCUGACUGAUGCUGCGCUUACCUCUCAGUUACGUCAAGGGUCGAAAAAGGUCAAGACGGUGGCCAUCGUGGUGUCUUCCGUUUUGCCUGAUGGCGAUAUCGACGAGCAGGCCUCAGGUCACGCUUCAAUUCUGGCGCAUCUACCCGAGUACAUCGAGCCCGAAAAAUCUCGCAUCUUCGUCCUCAUAUAUGCGCCGGGUGUGCAGCCAUCUGCUGCCAUAGGGCAAUCUAGGCCAACCCUGUCAAUCACAUCUUCUUACUCCAACAUUGCGUCUGAGGAGGGAACCGGCGCAGAGUCUAGCGAGCUUGUGCCCUUGACUGCCGUUGACCCUGACCCAAUCACAUCGGACGAACCCAAGCACCCUUCCUCCCUCUACUAUACCCUUUACGCUCAGGCACAGGCGCUCGUGGAUAAUGAAACGAUGAUCAUGCCUUUUAGCACUCCAGGUGGCCACAUUUACAUCCUUCGCCACCUCUCUCCUGAAAUCGUGUAUAUCCAAGAGAGCCUAGCUGGCAACGACGGAGAAAGUGUCAACCAGAUUUCAGGUUGGGUCCGUCAGGUUGUUGUCGUCAUUGGCGACGAAGGUGGACGAGGUGGCCUCAUGGAUAGUGACGAUGAAUCCGCCCUUGUAGAUAAGGGAGAACGAUGGUGGCAGAAAGAAGGCGUCACCGGGCUCGGUAAACGAAUCACUGUCGUUGAUGGAGUUAGAAUUGGCGAAGAGUGGAAACGACGAGUUUGUGGUCACGAAUGA